UAACAUACCUAUACAUAUCAAAGACUAGAGGAUAGUCUUGGCCUAUAUAUAACGGGUUUCUCAUCAGUAGUAGUUGUCUGAGUCGCACAUUAAGGUCAUCAAGAUUAAUGACUGUUGCCUUAUCCAGUUCCCCAUCACAAGUUAUUAAAGUGGUUAUGUAUAAUUUCACAACAAUUAUGUGAAAUGAUAUUGUGAACUUCUGUACAGGAUGAUAAAAAUAUUCACACUGUAAAACGGCGUAUGCAACAAUUUGCUUUAAAAAAAUGCAUCGAGAAAUAUCACCAAAAUUAAAAGAAAUAUGUCGAAACGAUUUAAAUGAAGUUGAAGAAAGGACCGAAACUGAUAUUUUACAUAUUCGGCAUUGGCUGGAAAAGCAAACACAUCUAAAUUUCGAUAUUGACAACCAAUUCAUUUUGGCAUUCCUUCGGUGCAGCAAAUUCAGCUUGGAACGCGCGAAGGACAAAAUUGACAACUAUUAUACCAUGAGGACUCUUUCUCCUGAACUAUACGAAAAUAGAGAUCCGUUAUUACCGGAAAUACAAAGACUGUUGCAUGUUGGGGCAGUUCUACCGUUACCUAAAGUUGAGAGUGACAGUAAUACUAGAAUCAUUUUCUUGCACCUUGGUGAAAAUGUUGACUAUGACACUAUGUCCUUCGGAAAUAUCAUGAAACUGUUUUAUAUGGUUAUAGACAUAUUGUUACUAGAGGACGAUUAUGCUGUAAUUGGUGGUUUAAAGGUCAUCAUGCAAUGCAAAAAUUCAAAUCCCAAAUAUAUGCUAGAGUUAACACCAACGUUUAUAAAAAAACAGGCGUUAUUGAUAGAGAAAGGACUUCCUUUUAGAUUGCGCGCUGUGUAUUUUAUGAACUUACCCGCAUUAUUUCAAUAUUUAUUUGAAUUGCUCAAGAAGAUACUUUCGUCAAAAAUAAGCAGUCGGAUGGAGGUAUUUGACGACACCAAGCUACAGCAACUUUACAAGUUGACACCCCAAAGCGCAUUGCCGAAAGAAUGGGGCGGUGAUAAUGGAUCUCUUGGAGAAUUAACUGUAACAUGGAAAGAGAAAGUGCAAAGUUACAGAGAUUGGUUUUUGCAAAACGAAAAGCUAAAGUCUAACGAAGACUUACGUCAAGGACCACCUAAAACAUAUCUGCACGAUUUUGGAAUUGAAGGAUCGUUUAGGCAACUAAAUAUUGAUUAAGAUGGGAAUUAUUGCCAAUCUACAAUUAAUCGGUUAAUAAUUUAUUGCUCGAAUUGGUUCCAACAAAAAAAUAUACGAUGUUUUAAUUUAU